AUGGCGGACAACACCACUAAUCAGCAAGACAAAGGCAAAGAGCAAGAGCAAGAGCAAUACGGUGUACUUCUUUACUACAAAUACUCUGAAAUCCUUGAUCUCAAUUCCCUCCUCUCCUUCUACAACUCCAACUGCACCUCCCUCUCUCUUCUGGGCCGUGUCCGCCUCUCUCCCCAUGGUGUCAAUGUCACUGUUGGUGGCAAGUUGUCUUCAUUGGAGAAGCAUAUUGAAGCUGUGAAAGCUAUUAGUUUCUUUGAAGGGACUGAUUUCAAGCUUGCUUCUUGUCAUUUUCCAUUGAAUGAUAAGGUUGCUCAUGAAUGUGGCUUCACUUCUCUCUCCAUUCGCAUUGUCAAGGAAUUAGUUACUUUUAGUCCUUAUCCUGUUUCGAAAGCACCGGAUGUUUCAAAUGCUGGUAGGCAUUUGUCCGCUGUUGAGUUCCAUUCUGUUCUUCAAAAUGCUGGUAAGCUUGCAGAUAAAGAAAGUCUAGCUGAUGAUAAAGGUGUCGUUUUAUUAGAUGCAAGAAACCUGUAUGAGACAAGAAUCGGGAAGUUUGACACGCCAAAUGUGGACACUUUGGAUCCAGGAAUCAGGCAGUAUAGUGAUCUGCCAUCCUGGAUAGAUGAUAAUUCUGAAAAUUUGCGAGGAAAGAAUGUCCUGAUGUAUUGCACUGGAGGAAUCAGGUGUGAGAUGGCAUCGGCCUAUAUUAGGUCGAAAGGUGCUGGAUUUGAAAAUGUAUUUCAGUUGUUUGGUGGAAUACAGCGUUAUUUAGAACAAUUUCCAGAUGGUGGUUUUUUCAAAGGAAAGAAUUUUGUUUUUGAUCACCGGAUUUCUGUUGGGAGCUCAGAUGCAAAUAUCUUGGGAACCUGCCUUCUCUGUGGCUUGUCCUUUGACGAUUACUCUUCGCGAUGUAGAUGCUCAUAUUGUAGAAUGCUUGUUUUGGUCUGUGAUAGUUGUCGAAAGGAGGAAGCUGUUUAUGUUUGUGAGCUAUGCAUGAAACAUGGAAAGGGAGUUGAGUCAAUUGUUAUUGAAAAUGGCAAACCACAAGACAUAUUGCCAAAAGUUGAGCUCAAAACCAUUUCUUCAGAUGCUAUCCUCUUGCCUCAACUGCAUGGGGGACAGGGUGCUAGGCCUCCAAGAAAGCUAAGAAUCUUGUGCUUGCAUGGGUUUCGGCAGAAUGCCUCUGGUUUUAAAGGAAGAACUGGAUCAUUAGCCAAGAAACUUAGAAGCAUUGCUGAGCUUGUCUUUGUUGAUGCACCUCAUGAGUUGCCUUUCAUAUACCAGCCUGCGGUCUCAGAACUAGAGUGCAGAGAUGAAUCAUCGUUUUCAUCACAGCAAAUUCUUCCCCCAACAGUAACUUGCAGGGGAAAGUUUGCAUGGUUGAUAGCACCCGAUUCCGAAGGAAGGAAUGCAACUGAUUGGAAAAAGGCAGAUAGUCCAUUUGAUCCCCUCCAGUAUCAGCGGCAAACUGAAGGGUUUAAUGUAUCGCUAUCGUAUUUGAAGACGGUAUUCUCUCAGGAUGGGCCAUUUGAUGGGAUACUGGGAUUUUCACAAGGAGCAGCGAUGGCUGCUUUACUUUGUGCACAAAAAGAAAGGCUAAAGGGUGAAAUUGAUUUCAGAUUUGCAAUUUUGUGUUCUGGGUUUGCUCUUCCACUUGCAGAGAUUGAACGUGGAUUGAUUAACUGCCCUUCUCUCCAUAUAUAUGGUAGUGUUCCAAGCAAGGACAGGCAGAUUGAAAACAAAACCAGCAGAGAACUUGCUUCAUUAUUCGAAGAUGGCUGCUCAGGUAUUGGUCGCUGCGCUUAUUCUACAAAUAAGGUCCAUGAUAUUGGACAGCCAACUCCUGCAACUCAUCCUCAGUUGCUAAAGGAAGGGGAGAUCACACCAGGCAUAACUACUGAGGAGUACAUCUCAAGAAGGAAAAGGUUGUUGGAGCUUCUUCCGGAGAAGAGUUUGGCUAUCAUUGCAGCUGCUCCUGUAAAGAUGAUGACCGAUGUUGUACCUUACACAUUUCGACAAGAUGCUGACUACUUGUAUAUCACUGGCUGCCAACAACCUGGUGGUGUGGCUGUUUUGGGUCAUGAAUGUGGUUUAUGCAUGUUCAUGCCAGAAGCGACACGUCAUGAUGUUAUUUGGCAAGGGGAAGUUGCAGGUGUAGAUGCAGCAGUAGAGACAUUCAAGGCAGAGAAAGCAUAUCCGAUGAGAAAAUUAUGUGAUAUACUUCCAGAUAUGAUAAAGGGAUCCUCAAAGUUGUUUCACAACAUGCAGACGGCCACACCAACAUAUACAGAAUUGGAUGUUUUUCAAAAGGCAGCUCUGACUGGCAAAGUGAAAGACCUUUCUAGUCUCACCCAUGAGCUGCGGUGGAUAAAAUCACCUGCUGAGCUUAAGUUAAUGAGAGAAGCUGCAUCAAUUGUUUGCCAGGGUCUUUUGCAGACAGUGUUACAUUCCAAGAUGUAUCCUCAUGAGGGCAUGUUAGCAGCAAAAAUUGAAUAUGAAAGCAAGAUGAGAGGUGCCCAGAGGAUGGCAUUCAAUCCUGUGGUUGGUGGUGGCUCUAAUGGUAGUGUUAUACAUUAUUCUCGAAAUGAUAAAAAGAUUAAAAAUGGGGAUCUUGUUUUGAUGGAUGUUGGAUGUGAGUUACAUGGUUACGUCAGUGAUCUCACACGUACCUGGCCACCCUGUGGUAGCUUUUCUUCAGUACAAGAAGAGCUUUACAAUCUUAUACUUGAAACAAACAAGGAAAGCAUGACGCUUUGCCGACCUGGUGUUAGCCUUCGGCAACUACACGACUUUUCGGUUGAGAUGCUGCGUAAAGGAUUUAAGGAGAUUGGAAUUUUGAAAGAUGGUGGAAGCAGUUCCUACCAUCAGCUGAACCCAACUUCAAUAGGUCAUUAUCUAGGGAUGGAUGUCCAUGAUAGCUCUAACAUCAGCUACGAUCGUCUAUUGAAGCCAGGUGUUGUUAUAACAAUUGAACCAGGAGUCUACAUCCCAUCCACUUUUGAUGGUCCUGAUAGGUAUAGAGGUAUCGGGAUAAGGAUCGAGGAUGAAGUCCUAAUUACUGAAACUGGUUAUGAGGUCCUCACUGGCUCCAUGCCAAAAGAAGUUAGACACAUAGAAUCCUUGCUAAACAAUUACAGCCGUGGAAUGGGAAUGGAGGCUCAAAAUAAUACGGAAGCUGCUUCCAGUCAAGAUUCCAACUCAAAACUAAUGCCAAACGAGCAUAGUUGGGAAGCUGUGGGAAAGUUCCAUCAUAAGUUUCUGUUGCAAGGACAAGACGCCAUUAAGAAAUUUCAUGUCAGGUAG